CAGCAAUUCAAGGUUAUCUAGUCAUAUCAGUCAGCUGUAUGUUUUAUGAGAACUGAAUUGUUGCGGGUAGAUAACACUGAUACAUGGAUAUAAAACAUGGCAAGUCUGAAAAAUCUGGUCAAGUUACAAAGUAGAUUAUGUCUCCGUGAUACAUCUAAGGUUAUCUGUAGCUUCUCAACCAGCGCUAGGGAUGAUGCUAAGAAGGAUUAUAAGCUGGUUGUUAUUGGUGGGGGUACUGGGGGAUUUGCAGUUACGAGUAAAUUCGCCAAGAAAUUAGGAAAGGGACAAAUAGCAGUAGUCGAACCUAAUGAGGAACACUACUACCAGUCUAUGUUCACCUUGGUUGGAGGAGGACUUAAAACACUGGAGCAGGCUCAUCGUCCUACUGGGUCCCUCUUACCUGAUGGUGUGGAUUGGAUUAAAGACAGUGUUGCAGAAUUUGAUGCACAAAAUAAUUUCAUAGUAACUCAGAAGGGAGAUAAGGUGCGCUAUGACUUCCUGGUUAUUGCCAUGGGAAUACAGCUGAACUAUGAAAAGAUAAAAGGUGCAUUAGAUGCUCUGAAGCAUGACCCGAUGGUAUGCUCGAACUACAGACCACCCUUUGUGAGCAAAACAUUCGAGGCAAUCAAGAACUUCAAGGAGGGGAACGCCAUCUUUACUUUGCCCAACACACCAAUUAAAUGUGCAGGUGCCCCACAGAAGAUCAUGUACUUGGCAGACUAUCACUUUCGUGCGAUGGGGAAGAGACAUAAUGCCAAUAUCUACUAUAGAACCAGUCUUCCAUUUAUGUUCACUGUGAAGAAAUAUGCAGAUGCCUUAUUUGAGGUUGCCAAAAACAGGGGUAUUGAUGUAGCUUUCCGCAGAUGUUUAAUUGAAGUUAAACAUGAAAGUAAAGAGGCUAUUUUUGAGGACCUUGAAAAUGGCAACAUUGAAACACUUAAGUAUGCAAUGCUGCACUUAGUGCCACCUAUGUCUUGCCCAGAUGUACUAACAAAGCACAAAGAUAUAGUGGAUGAGACUGGCUGGGUCGAUGUUAACAAAGACACACUACAACAUAAAAAGUACCCCAAUAUAUUCGCGCUGGGCGACUGCACCAAUUUGCCGACAUCGAAGACUGCUGCUGCUGUUUCGAGUCAGUCACGUGUUCUGCAGCGUAAUCUCAAUGCUCUAUUGGAUGGCAAACCAAUGAAGGCUGUUUAUGACGGCUACACCUCAUGCCCUCUUAUUACAACCAAGGGCAAGGUAAUAAUGGCUGAGUUUGGGUUUGAUCAAGAGCCCCUUGAGACGUUCCCUAUUAACCAGGCAAAGGAACGGAGGUUCAUGUACCACUUGAAGAAAGACUUCAUGCCUCAUCUUUACUGGAAAGGUUUAGUUAAGGGUCAUUGGAAUGGACCUAAAUAUCUCCGCCGGAUCCUACAUCUUGGGAUGAGCAAAUAGGCUAGUAAUAACAGUUAAAUGAUGUUCUUUAUCUCACUCCUAUGGAAGAAACAAUUGGAGAUAUGUACAAGUGGGAAUUGGAGCAAGUGAGAAUAAUGAUCAGUGGGAAUUACAAACAAAUGGGAAUUAUGAACAAUGAAAGAAACAAACAAUGAAUAUGUGGAAAUAAGAAACAAUGAAGCAAAAGAGGAAUAUUAAACAAUGAAAACUGGGAAAUAACGAGCAAAUGUAACAAAU